CCAAAUUAUAGAUUUUUUUAUCUUUUUACUUGGACUGAUUUCAAUCUCAGACCGAAUCAGAUCAGAUCAGAUCAUACCAGACCAAACCAAACUUGGAUAAUUAUAAAAAUAAAAGAAAUCGGACCAGACCAAAUCAGUUCAAAACAGACCAGAUCAGACUAGACCAGACCAGCAAAUUUUUACAGUCGAAGUAAAAACAUCCUAGAUCAUACCGAUACAGAACAACUCAAACUAGACCAGACUAAAUCAGACUAGUCCAAAUAAGAACACCCUUACACAAACCAGACCAAUCUAGAUUUAAAUAGGACAAAAGAUAAAAUUAGGCAAUAAGCCCAAUGAAAAUAUUCCUAAUAUAUUCACACACACACAUAUAUAUAAAUUGUUUCAGGGGUAGGAACUUAAUAUCCUAAUAUAUAUAGAAAUCUACCUAAUAUAUAUUUAGGAAUCUGACUAAUAUCUAUUUAGAAAUACUUUGUAUUUUGGAUCUCUUCUAUUAUAAAUAUAUCUAUCACAAUUCCUAUUACAGUACCCUUUCGUAGGAUCCCUAGCAGUGUGCCCUUCUCUAGUUCUCUCCGUUGGCUUUCCCCAUCUCUCUUCAUAGCCAGGUUGGCUUAGGUACUGAGAGCGAGCUGGUUCUUCCACUCCAUUCAAUGUUCUUCUGCCCUGUUCAAGAAAGAUGGACAGCAACAAAGUCAUUUCAGUUCCGAUUACUCUCAAGGGAGGAAGCAACUACUUGCUGUGGUCUAGACUGGUGAAGACUGCGAUUGGAAGACUAGGGCUAUGGAGUCACAUCACAGAUGAGGCUCAGAAAAAACCAAUGAACAAAGAAGAUGAAGACAUGAAAGCAAAGGAGCAAGCUUUAACUGAGUACAAAAGGUGGGUACAGGAUGACCUGAUGGUGCUAUCCGUGCUACAAGGUUCUCUUGAAGUUCCCCUCCUUGAAGCCUACAGCUACUGUGAGACUCCUAAACAUCUAUGGGAGACACUCCAGAAGACGUUUGGUAAUGAAAACAACCUUAGCCGAGUGUUUGAGUUGAAAGGGGCUAUCAACUCUCUUGCGCAGGAUGGUGAAGAGUUCACCAAACAUUUGGGAAAGUAUAGAUCUUUAUGGUCUGAACUUGAAAGCCUCAGACCCAACACCAUCGAUCCAGAGGUCCUUGCUGAAAGGAGAGAACAAGAUCAGGUUUUUGGGUUAUUGUUGACCUUGGUUCCGUCAUACAAGGAUGUGAUUGCACACCUUCUGAGGUCCUCAAAAUUACCAAUUAUGGAGGAAGUUUGUGCACAACUUCAAAAGGAAGAAGGAUCCAUGGGUCUCUUUGGCAGGAAAAAGGAGAUUGCCAUGGCACAUAAGGCUGAGGAGGUUAAUGCUAACCGAGCUAUGUACAAAGGGGGAGAAAGGAAGUACGGUGAAAGGUUUGCGGGUGAGUGUGAUCAUUGUAAGAAACCAGGACACAAGAAGAGCCAAUGCUGGAUACUUCAUCCUCACCUCAAGCCGCCAAAGUUCAACAAAGAUAGGGAGGCAAGAGCUCAUCUUUCUGCUGAAGCAAGUGGAACUGGUUCAUCCAGAACUAGUUCAAAUGCUCAAGUGGGUGAAAGUGAAGGAAGAGUUUUGACCUCACACCACUUGGGAGGGAAGAACAUGGAGAGUGAGAUGAUCAGGAGGUCUGACAUUGAAUCCCUCAUCAAAGCUCUUAAGGAGCAUGGAUAUUGAAAGCAGUAACUUGAUUGGGCAAGGAGUAACCAGGGGAGACCUCUAUUUGCUUGAAGACAUUGUCCCUAGAUCUAACUCUUGUUACUCUUUUAAUUCUGUUUCCUCUUUGAAUAAAGAUGCUUUAUGGCAUGCUAGGCUUGGACAUCCUCAUGUUAGAGCCUUAGGUUUAAUGCUACCUGGUUUCAAUUUUAAAAAUAAUGAAUGUGAGGCAUGUAUUUUGGGAAAGCAUUGCAAGACUGUCUUUGAAAGAUCUUCUACUGUUUAUGAG